ACUUCUUCACCUCUAUUUAAGGGACACAACCAAUCACCUUCUUCACCCCCCUAAAGUCUCUCUCCCUCCUAUAAUCUCUCAGCAAAGCAUCCUCUCCCCUCCCUCUCUUGUUGUCAAAAGUAGCAGCCAUGUCUCUUCUCUCCGAUCUCAUCAAUCUCGACCUCACGGACACCACUUCCAAGAUCAUUGCUGAGUACAUAUGGAUCGGUGGAUCCGGCUUGGACCUGAGAAGCAAAGCUAGGACUCUGCCUGGACCAGUGACAGACCCAGCCAAGCUCCCAAAGUGGAACUACGACGGUUCGAGCACCGGCCAAGCCCCCGGAGAAGACAGCGAAGUCAUCAUCUAUCCUCAGGCUAUAUUCAAGGAUCCUUUCAGACGAGGAAACAACAUCCUGGUGAUGUGCGAUGCAUACACGCCAGGUGGCGAGCCAAUCCCCACCAACAAAAGGUUCAAUGCUUCCAAGAUUUUUAGCCACCCUGACGUUGUUGCCGAGGAACCCUGGUAUGGCAUUGAGCAAGAGUAUACUCUUCUUCAGAAGGAUGUUAAAUGGCCUCUUGGAUGGCCGGUUGGCGGCUACCCUGGCCCUCAGGGUCCCUACUAUUGUGGUGUAGGGGCAGACAAGGCAUUAGGUCGUGAUAUAGUGGACUCCCACUAUAAGGCAUGCCUCUAUGCUGGAAUUAACAUCAGUGGAAUCAAUGGGGAAGUUAUGCCUGGCCAGUGGGAGUUUCAAGUUGGUCCUACUGUUGGCAUUUCUGCUGGUGAUCAGUUAUGGGUUGCUCGAUACAUUCUUGAGAGGAUCACAGAAAUUGCAGGGGUUGUUCUUUCGUUCGACCCAAAACCCAUCCAGGGUGACUGGAACGGUGCUGGUGCUCAUACUAACUACAGCACCAAGUCAAUGAGAAACGAAGGUGGCUUUGAGGUGAUAAAAAAAGCUAUUGAAAAGUUGCGUGUGCGCCACAAGGAGCACAUUUCUGCCUAUGGAGAAGGCAAUGAGAGGAGAUUGACAGGCCGCCAUGAGACUGCCGACAUCAACACUUUCUGUUGGGGUGUUGCAAACAGGGGUGCAUCUAUCCGUGUUGGUCGUGACACUGAAAAAGAAGGAAAAGGUUACUUUGAGGACCGGAGGCCAGCAUCUAACAUGGAUCCAUAUAUUGUCACUUCCAUGAUUGCUGAAACCACAAUUCUUGGGAAGCCUUAGAAAGUAUAUUGAAGAUUGGGAGAUAAGAGGAAGGUGGGAGGAAGAAGGCUAGUAUCAAAUUCAUGUGAAUAAUUGUCAUUCUCUGUCUUGGGGGGGAAAAAACUCUCUUUAUGCUUGGAUUGGUUCGAUGCUGUUGAAACUUUGUGUGUUUUCGGGGUUUUAGUCUUGGUAAAUGUUGAAUUGUCUGCUCUCUGGUUUUCUUUAUACUUGCUAAUAAAUUGGUAAUUUAGUUAUUUGAA